GAUGGGAGGCUGGCGCUCAGGGGAGCCAACCAGAGUUGACCGUGUUAGCUUAGCAAACAGCCUGUUAGCGAGUCAUCUGCUGUUGUAAGUUUGCCAACAUGCUAAUAGAGGCAGCGUAACCGCAACACACUGCAGCAAGUAUUCUGUCUGACUCUGUAGAGGUCCAGCCGAGCUGAACUCCGCGGAGCCAUGCGACAGUGGUGUGUCCCCGCUGCGACCCCUCGCACCGAACCACUCCCGGGGCGGCUGUCUGUGUCGCCCCCUCCAUCAGAUGCCAGAAUGGAGUGCUGUGAGGUGGAGCCACGCUACACCAUCGAACAGAUCGACCUGCUGCAGCGCCUGCGUCUCUCCGGCAUGACCAAACCUCAGAUCAUCCACGCUUUGGAGUCCCUGGAGAGGCUUGACCCGGACCACCGCCCGUCUCACUGUGACUCUCACCCCGCCCCGUCCAACAACACCCCAACCACAGCCGCUCCAGCCCCGUCCUCAUCUUCAUCCUCCUCUUCCUCUUCGCUCUCACUAGCCUCUGCUACCACGCAGACCUCCGGUCUGGACGGCGCCGCUCUGUCCCCCAGCAAUAGCUACGAGGCUUCGCCUCCGCCCCUCUACCCCCCCAGUGUGGUGGUCCAGCGGUCAUUCAGCUACGACAUGAUGGGAGAGGAAGAGUGGGACCUGGAGGAGAAGGUGGAGGAGUACAUGCGGAGAGACAGCAACCUGGUGAAAGAAGAGAUCAAAACCUUCCUCAACAAUCGCAGGAUCUCUCAGGCAAUCGUGGGCCAAGUUACAGGCAUCAGCCAGAGUUACAUCUCGCAGUGGUUGCUGCAGCAAGGCCUGGAGAUGAGCGAUUCCAAGCGCAGAGCUUUCUACCGCUGGUACCUGCUGGAGAGAAAUAACCCAGGGCUGCGAGGUCAAGGAAGGACACGAGACAAAUCUAUAAUUUCAGAGGAAACAAAUGAUAAAGGGCUGAGGUGGAGUGAAAGCCAGCACAGCGUGAGUCCCAUGUCCAGGGCCAGGGGAGGGGACAGAGACGGGACGGUAGCAGGGGCAAGUGGCAGCCUCCCCAACCCAAACACCAACCUCAACCCCAACCCAGUGUGGAGCAGGCAGAGAGAGCUGCUGAUGCACUUGCUGCCGUGGUACACUGCCGCUGCUGCAGCCGCCCAGGCCCAGCCAGGGGCCACCCUCUCAAUGCGGUCUUUAGUGAAAGAGGAACCUGAUUGGAGGACAGGGAUCAUGGCUGGCGACAGAGCAGGGAUGGUGGGCGGGCCUCUGAGGCUGCGUAGAGGAAGCAGGUUCACCUGGAGGAAGGAGUGCCAAUCGAUCAUGGAGAGUUUCUUCAUGGAGAACCAGUACCCAGAUGAAGGGAAGCGAGAGGAGAUCGCCAACGCCUGUAACUCUGUCAUUCAGAAACCAGGUUGUAAGCUAUCUGAAUUUGAGCGUGUGACAGCAUUGAAGGUGUACAACUGGUUUGCCAAUCGUCGGAAGGAGAUGAAGAGGAGAGCAAAUAUCGAAGCUGCCAUUUUGGAAAGCCAUGGAAUCGAGGUGCCAAGUCCAAGCUGCCACUCAAAUGGUGAGGAGGGAGAGAUGCAAGAGUUUGCUGAUCAGGUGACUCACCGAUUCUCAGAUCAAGAAGAGACAUCCCUCAGGAUUGUUGACCAACAAGACCCCUCCUCUUUGGCCACUACAGAGAUUGCAGCCCUGCCAAGCCCCACCCCUCAGGUCCUGGAUCAGAAAGAGGAGGACUCAAAAAGGGAGACUGUGGAUGAAGAGUGACCAAAGCUGGUGGAGUUUGGAUCAUGAUAUGUGAAUUUUAAUCAGAUGAAAUAGGAAAAGAAUAAGUGUCUCCUCCUCCACCCAUGUAGGGCCUUCGGGGCCUAUGGCACCCAAAAAUCAAAGGGAGAUAUGCGCUGAAACACGCUGAGGUGCCUCUGAUGGUAAGGAGGCCACUGUAUUUAUCAACAGUAAUACUGCUUAUAUUAACGGCAAUAUACAGUGUAUAUAUAUAUAUAUAUAUAUAUAUAAAAAUAUAUAUAUCAAUAUAUAGUGCAUUCCAAGAUGGUAUUAAAAAGCCUAAAUUCCUUAGAGGGAGAAUUAUGUAACGGAUACCUCGCCCAUUUUAAGCUAAGCCUUUAGUUUUUUCUUUGCUUCAUGCCUUUUUUAAGCCUUUUCAAAGACUGGUUGUUUGAUGGACUGUGGUGACAUGAACACGCUGAGCCUGCAGGUCAGGUGUAUUUGGGUGUGGGGAUAAAGUAUGGUAUCAAAGAUAUAGUGGUGAUUCGAAUGCCCUCUGCUCGCUUGAAUGUGUUGGGCUCUAUCUGGUUCGUAAGACUCUAACCUCAAUCGGUCGAUUGAUUAAAUCAGUCGAUCAAUCAACGAGUGCUGUUGCUAUUAAAUCCGUAAAGCCCUGAGGGACAACUUUAAUCUCAGGUAACAAAAAAUGGUGGAUCAAGACUGAAGAGUUGUCUCAACAUAUGCUUUGUUUUCUUCAGCUUUAUUUUCUUCAUCUUUAACGGUGUUUAACCAAAACAGGAAGUGUUAUUUAUACCUUUUUAUAUUAGCAAAACAAGCCUAGGACAAUAUAUCAUAGUAUCUCUUUGUCAUCUGUCUUCUUUGUUAUACUGAAUGCUGCUGUGAUCAUUUUUGUAGUCUAUCCUCAUUUCAGAAUCUCUCAAUCCUCAACUCAGCCAGUGAAGCUAGACUAGUUACAUUAGUCUACUCAGAUUAUUUUAUUUUUAACGUUUGAAAGAACGCUAAAACCAAUGUGAUCAAAAAUCAUAAUGCGUUGGCCUACAUGCUACAAGCACCUUCUCUUUUCCCUAUUGGAAUAAGCUAAAGCUUAAGCUCAUUUAAGUUUGUGUGACUGCAAAGCUGCACUUCAAAGUGGAUCUCACUAUAAUUGACAGGGGGGAGCAGUGCAGACUGUACCUGCAUUUGGGCCUAGACAUGUACAUAACCCAGAGAAUAUACACAUCUGUGGGUGCUUUCCUUCAAAUUACAUUAGCACUAUAUAGAAACUGUUAUUUGUCAAACUUGAUAUAUGAAUAGCUGACCUAAACUCUGCAUUACUUAGCCCCCUAUAUUUACUGGCCCAAGGCCUUGGGAGUUACUCCCUAAAUGUUCAUGAAAUGGACAAAGACGCUUGUUCUCAAAUGCCCCCCUCCCAACAGGGUGCUACCAUGUUACCUCCUAAUGCCAAAGCUAUGCCAAGGUAGAGAUGAGCUAUGCUUACAGGAACAGGAAAUGACACUGUCACAACACUAUAGAUAUAAAAUACAUAGAUGUUUAUUUGCAAAGUACAACACUAGCCAACUCUAGCUUACCUCAGAAUAACUCAUGUUAUGAAUGUGUUACACGCUAACUGUCAAACUUGACAGCAGCCAUUAUUGUGACUGUUUAUGAUAUGGACAGUGUUAUGUAGCAUUUAUGAUGGUGGGGUUUGCCCUGGAUCAUUAAUGUAUACUCACCUCAGACAGUUCUCUAGUCUGGCUUUGGACAAGAACCCCAAAGCUGCACGCUGUUUCUGAUCAUUAUGCUCCUCUAUCUGCUUUUAUCUGACAACAAGAAAAUAAUAACAACAAUAAAAUUGCAAAAAAAACAAAAAAACAAUGGCUGUGAUAUGUCUUGAGUUAUUUUGAAUGAUUUAAGGUUUGGGAGAGGAACAUUAAGCUGGUGUCGAGAUAAUAAAACUUGCCAAUUAGAGCUGAAUUAUUCAAUUAAUAAAUUAUCAGUAAUAUGUUUAUAAUAAUAAUCAGUAUUUCAAUUAAUGCUAGACCAAAGUAUUGAGUAGUAAAAGCUUUGGUGCUUUCUAAUGUAUUCGCUGCUGCUAAUACUUCCAGUGUUGUAUGAUUAUCUGGUGGAGCAGGAGCUCAGGGUCACUGAAUAUGAUGUCAGAGAGUCAGCUGAACAACAUGGUGACCAAUUAUGUACCUAGAAGGUAUGGCUAAUAGUACAUGCCACCGAAAUGUUCUACUACAUAUUGACUAAAUUACUAGGUAACAAGUGAUGAAAGGAUUGAAUGGGAUAUACAUGGAGGGAUGUCUUAUUUCAAUAUAUGCUUUUUCUGUAAUAAUAUAACUACAAGAUCAAAGUUGCUGUAAUUUGCCCUAGUUGCAACUAAAUUUCUUCUUAACAGAAGAUGGCAGCAUUGUCACUCAUCUAUAAGGCAAGAAUAAAAGUGGUGCACCCUGAAA